AUGAGGCAAGCUUCCUUGCCGGUCGAGAAUUUACCCGCCUGGGCCCAUUUCAACAACGUCCAGCUUUUCGACACUGCAAUCGAAGCCCAUAUCUUUACUGACGAGGGCAUCGACAAAGGAGGUGGCCUACGGGCAAAAGCCCACCAUGAAGAAGUCGAGCCACUCGUCGCUGUACCCCUAGACCUUGUCCUGUCCAAAGAACAGGUGGCGCAAUGUGCAAAGACAGACCGACAACUGAAAGAACUUGUCGAGGCCACGGCCUCUUUAUUCCAGACUCCUCGCACUGCAGUUCUUCUCUUUCUCGUCUAUCAAAUGACCAUCAACAGCCCCGACAAUCAAGACCCUGACCUCAAAUUCAGGAGCCCGUUCGCCGAUUACGUCCAAUGCCUCCCGAAAGAGAUUUUACUCCCCACGUUCUAUACCCCCGAGGAGAGGGAGUUACUUUCGGGCACCACCCUAGCCGACGCUUUGGGCCAGAAGCUACUCAGUCUUGAACGAGAAUUCGAUCGUCUGAAAGAAACGACAGAAGCCGUUCCCUGGUGUCAACGGGUGUGGUGGGACGAGCAAUCCGGAUGUCUGGAUCUCGGAGAUUGGAAGCUUGCAGAUGCACUCUAUCGGUCCAGGGCGAUGGAGCUCCCGCGAGGAGCGGGUGUGGGCAUGGUCCCUGUGGUUGACAUGGCCAACCAUGCCGCCGACGAUCGAUACAAUGCGCGGUUCGAAGUGGACGAUGCUGCAGGAACCUUCUUGCUUGUUGUGCGCGAUGCCAAGUCUAUUGACGAUAGUGACGAGAUCACAAUCAUGUACGGAGCGGGCGGCGCUUGUGAGAUGGCCUUUUCCUACGGAUUCAUCGAGGAACACGCAAUCAGCGCCAGGGAGAUGUUCCUCAGUCUGUCCAUUCCAGCCGAUGAUCCUUUGCGAUUGGCCAAGGUCCGAUAUGCCCAAGAAGCGCCGGGUGUCCGUAUCUACAUCGACGAGUCAAACCAGGUCCGCUGGGAUAGUACGUUCGUUUGGUGGGCAUGCGUCAAUCAAGAAGAUGGCCUGGACUUUCGAGUGGAGAAGACAGUCGACGGCGAGACGGAGCUCAAGGCCUGCUGGAAGGAGGCCGACCUAAGCGCAGACGCGCUGCAGUCUACGCUGUCGCAGGAUGAGCUCCGAGAUAUAUUCGCUCUUCGUGCUGUUGUCAUGAUCCAACAACGAGUCGAAGACCAAGGCAUGCAACUGGCGGCGAGUGACGAGGACUACGAAAGGACCCUGCCUGACGAGCACGUUGUCAGACGCUCGGUGUAUGAGACGAUCGGGAGACUUCGGAGGCUGGAGCUAGACCUGUUGACCAGGGCAUACGAAACACUAGAGACAGAGGUGAGAUGA